GCUCUUCUCUUCUCCCCGUAGGAAAUCCUCAGAAUCACCUGUUGCAAAGAGGAGAAUGAGCCCACUCUGCUGCCAGCGAGGUUACGAUGGAGGUGCGCUGUGGUGGCCUCUUGUUCAGCUCCAAGUUUGACUCGGGGAACUUGGCUCAUGUGGAGAAGGUGGAGCACCUGGAGGGGGAUGGGGACGGUGUCGGGAAUGGCGGCAGCGGCAGCAGCAGCACCUCUGCUACCUCAAUGGUGUUUGGCACCUCCCUCCCUGUUGCUGACUACGAGUUCAAUGUGUGGACCAAGCCGGAUUGCGGAGACACAGAAUACGAGAAUGCAAACAGAUCCUGGUUUUACUUUAGCGUGAGGGGCGGAGUCCCAGGCAAGCUGAUCAAGAUCCACAUUGUGAACAUGAACAAGCAGACCAAGCUGUACUCGCAGGGGAUGGCCCCCUUGGUCAAGACAGUGCCCAUCAGGCCUCGUUGGGAGCGCAUCCGUGAGCGGCCUGCCUUUGAGAUGGUGGAGACCCAGUUUGUCCUCUCUUUCGUGCACCGCUUCCUGGACUGCCGAGGUGCCACCACCUUCUUUGCCUUCUGCUACCCCUUCUCAUACACAGAGUGCCAGGAAAUGUUGGCACAGCUGGAUGCCCACUUUGCAGAGUGCAAGCACCUCUCUGCUAGCAGCACAGUUAGUCGGAAGGCAGGUGCGGACUCUAGGAAGGCUGAGGGGAAGCUGCGACCCACCGCCCACAGAGCAAGGAAAUGCCCUAAAGGAGGACGUGCAAAGGGGAGGAAGGAGGCCCCGCUUCGGGGGACACCCUCCCUGGACUCCAUCUACUACCACCGGGAGCUGCUGUGCUACUCCCUGGACAAGCUGCGUGUGGACCUGCUCACCAUCAGCUCCUUCCACGGCCUGCGGGAGGAGAGGGAGGCCCGCCUGGAGAAGCUCUUCCCGGACAAGCACACACCCCGGCCCCACAGCUUCGUGGGGAAGAGAGUGUUCUUCCUAAGCAGCAGGGUGCACCCGGGAGAGACACCCUCCAGCUUCGUCUUCAACGGGUUCCUGGAGUUCAUCCUCCGUGAAGAGGACCCUCGGGCCCAGAUGCUGCGCCGCAUGUUUGUCUUCAAACUCAUCCCCAUGCUGAACCCGGACGGAGUGGUGCGGGGCCAUUACCGGACAGAUUCUCGUGGCGUGAACCUCAACCGCCAGUAUCUGAACCCUGACAUUGAUCUGCACCCGGCCGUCUACGGGGCCAAGGCCGUCAUGCUCUAUCACCACGUCCACAACCGCGUUCAGCCGGGCUCGCCCGACUGGCGGGCCUGCGUCCCUCCCCUCGGCACCAAGGCUGCCAACCAGCGCUCCACCCGCAACUGCCCUCCCAGCGAGGAGGCCCCCCUCUCUGAGCUGGAGAAGGCCAACAACCUUCGCAACUGUCCCAGGGAUGCUGGCGUCCCCUCGCCUCAGGACCAGGAGCCCUCAGAGGCACCAGGGAGCAAGGACCAGGAUGUCUGGAUCCUCCCGGAAGACCUGCCUCCCACACUCUGCGAGGAGGAAGCCGAGGUCCGCUCUCCUCCCGCCCCAGAAGCCAUCCCACCGCAGCAGAGUGGCCUGGCCUACUACGUUGACCUGCACGGGCACGCCUCCAAGAGAGGGUGCUUCAUGUACGGGAACAACAUCUUCGAAGAGGCUCACCAGGUUGAAAACAUGCUCUUCCCCAAGCUCAUCGCAAUGAACUCUGCUCACUUUGAUUUUGCGGGCUGCAACUUCUCCGAGAAGAACAUGUACGCCAAGGACAAGCGGGACGGGCAGUCGAAGGAGGGCAGCGGGCGUGUGGCCAUCUACAAGGCCUUGGGCAUCAUUCACAGCUACACGCUGGAGUGCAAUUACAACACGGGACGGUCUGUCAACGCAGUUCCAGCCGCUUGUCAUGAUAACGGGCGGGCAACCCCCCCUCCUCUGCCAGCAUUCCCCUCCAAAUACACAGUGGAGCUCUUUGAGCAGGUGGGAAGAGCGUUGGCCAUCGCAGCGCUGGACAUGGCCGAAUGCAACCCCUGGCCCCGGAUCGUCCUUUCCGAACACAGCUGCCUUAGCAACCUUCGUGCCUGGAUGAUGAAGCAUGUGCGCAGCAUGAGGGGCGUGGCCGGCUGCUCCCGGAGGAAGGGGGCCAAGACUCCUCCCAAGGGGACCAUCGGGGUCUCUGCCUCCAGCUCUGAAAACUCCCUCUGCCGGGGCCGCAGCUUCAGCAACGGGAGCAGCAGCAACCAGCAGGCCCCGUCCCCGCAGGUCAAGACCUCGCCCAGCUUCGCCUUCAGCUGCCCCCACCCUGACGGCCCCCUGGGCAUGGGCCAGGGGCCUCAGAGAGGUGCCUCGAGGGUGCUGGCGCUCGUGCGAGUGUUCCACAAUAGAUCUCAGUCAUCCUGUGAGAGCUGGCCCCCAGUCAACCCGAACCCCCCGCCCUGCUCUCUGAACCGAGGGGAAUCCCAGGCUUCAGGGGACCUGUGGGGGUCUUAUGUAGAGCGCUGGGCAGAGGCCUGUGCUGCUGCUGCUGCUGUUGCUGCUACUGGUGGCACCACUCCUGAGGAAGCGGCAGAGUCGCGCGUCCAGGAGAAGCGCCGCCACCAGCACCAGUCCUUGCUGCGAGCCGCAGUGAGCAACAUCCAGGCGCCCCCACCUCUCUCUUCUUCCACCAGGGCGGCCUCUCACCUCCAGCUGCCGACCGGCCUCAGCUCCUGCCCCCUCCCAGCCACCCUCAACGUGACAGGGCCUGGCUGCAAUGGACUGCAGGAGGCAGAGCACCCCAGUGAGGAGCUGAAACCGCCCCCACCUUGUGGCCUAGCCUUGCUGCAGAAUAUUUCAAGGCGGCUGAACAGCGAGCAGCUCUCAGAGACACCCAGGCUGGAAAUACUGAUGCCUCGGCCGAGCCGGAUCCCCAUCCGCAGGAGACCGGCUGGACAACCCCAGCAUCUGCUCAGGCUUAAUGACUGCAGUGAUGACUCCUCCCUCAAGGUGUGGAAAUAUACCCCCUCACAGCUGCCAGCUCAGAGUUCCCUGCCAGCGGAGUUGCUCCUGCUGCUGAUGGUCUGCUCUCCUUGCAGAGUUUCCGCUGGAAGUGCCAGAGCUGACAGUCACAGGUCAGAGGGAAGAGCCGCUUUUUCUGUGCAACCCUCCCAACGUCUUGCUGGACGAGCACAUCCCGGGGCAAGCAGAUUCCCCCCAGCUCACCUACCACAAGAUCCUGUCUUUCUGCACAGAGGCCUGAUCCGCCAGGGGGGCCGGAGCAGCUGCGGCCAACCAGUUCCAGCGCCUCCGCAGCCGCCCCACAGCACGCCAGCGACACGCCGACAACAACGCCUCCCCCCGUGGUGUGCCAGAGACAGCCCGAGACACGCUCCCCGCUGGCGUCUGGCGAGCGCUCACCCCGGCCUCCCCCCAGCCCUCCCCCCCGCCCCUGCCCCUUCAAGCCCAAGCUGCUCUUUGGGACGCGGCAGCCGAUGGUCCUGGCUCUGAGCCCCCUCCCCGCCUACGAGGGCCCCUCGCCACUCUCUCCUCGCGGCGGCCAGCUGCACAAGGCACCGCCCAGGGCCUAGCUCUGCUCCCCGGGAUUCAUCUCCUCUGCCCUGCGGACCAGCUGGCCCCGCUCCGCCACGCUGGCCUGGCAAGGCGCCCCCAGGAAAGGCCAGCCUCGCCCUCGCCCCCCGCCCGCCCACCAGGCCCUUUCUGCAGCAGCUGUGUACAUAGUUGGUUACUGGCUCGGAAGCUAUUUUUUGACAUGAGAUUUGUCUUGUGAACACGUUUCUAUUAAUAAAUUUCGUUUGACAAAAUGAAACAAAA